CCCAGAGGACACGCCUCCUUUCCUCCAGUAACCUAUAAAGGCCAAGGAAGUGCUACUCAAACUUAGAGGAACCCAGCACCAUGGGGGUCUCCACGGCCAUCCUUGGAAUCUGUCUGUUAUGGGGUCUAUCUGCAUCGCAAGAAUCUACUACUGGAGAUUUUAUUGGUCUGCCCGUGAGGCUGGUGGACGGAGCCGACCAGUGUCAGGGCCGGGUGGAAGUCCUGUACCAAGGCUACUGGGGCACUGUGUGUGACGACAGCUGGGACAGCCAGGAUGCAGAUGUCGUGUGUCGACAGCUUGGUUGUGGCCGUUCUGUGUCUGCCCUUGGAGGGGCUCACUUUGGUCAGGGCUCGGGGAACAUUCUCUUGGGUGCUGUGGACUGCUCUGGACAGGAGCCCAAUUUGUCGAGCUGCCCUCAUGAUGGGUGGUACAACCACGACUGUGGCCACAGGGAAGAUGCCGGAGUCGUGUGUUCAGGUUCAUUGCCUCCCACAGAGGCUCCCGAGGAGACGACGACAGAAGGCUUCCUGGGCUCACUUUCAACCUAG